AUGGAGGGUGAGUUUCAAAACACUUUUUUUAAUAAAAAACUCGCAGAGCUGAAAUUCGCCCUCGACCGAGUGUCUCAUCUUCCGGUCCACGACGCGCUGACCAUCGUCCGCAACGCCCUUAGUUUGCCUAGAUUGAUGUAUUUCCUUCGUACAUCCUUCUCGGUUGAUGCAUCCAUUUUGGGCGGAUUCGAUGGCGCCCUGAGAGCCGGUAGAUGCCUGGCGUGGGACGUAACCGUUCCGGGCACAUUAGCGGAACGGUACGUGCACUUAACCAGCAAAGAAAGUGGUUUGGCCGCAACCAGGGCAUCGGAUGAAAAGUUUAAAAAAUAUGAAGGUGCCCUGCCCUCGAUGGAUUUUUUACCUGUUUGCAUCGAGGUUCUUGGCCCGAUGGACAACAACACUUCAAUAUUUUUUAAAAAGAUUUGCAAAAUGAUAAGUGGCAGGUCCGGCGACAGCAGAGAGCUAUUUUUCGCCAUGAAUCAUAUAUCUUGUUUGCUGCAAAGCAACAACAUUACGAGUGGCCACAGAUGUGAGUCACGUGCUCUCAACAUUCGUCCAUAA